CAGACAGAGGUGGUACUCAAGAGACCAGGGAAGGGAAGGAGAGGAGGCACGAGGAGCCGCUGCCAUUCCCUCCGCUCCGGGUGUGUUGGUGGUGGAACCGCAGCCGGGUGAUGGCGUGCGACUCGGGGCCGCAAGAACCGCCGCCGCCCGCGGCCGUUGGAGCACUGGGCGCGCCGGGCCGGGAGCGGCGUGGCCGUCGCCUCCGUGCGGUGGUACCGGGUGCUGCAGCAACUCGCCACGCGCCUGCCCAGCUCGCUGCAGUGGCCAUGCUCCGGCUCCGACGACGAGCCCUGGCCGAUGAGGAAGAAGAAGCCGACGCCGUCCACCAUGGCGUCGCCGCCGAGGGUUCAAGUGAAGAAAUGACCGGCCGUACCACUGCCCUGCCCCUCUCAUCAGAGGUAGUAGGGAGCUUCAGCAAGGGCUCAUCUGCCCCAACAAGGCUGCUGCAAGAUCCCAAGUCUGUAAGUGAGAAAACCAGAGAGAUUUGGAAGGUGUCUUACCUAGACAGCAUGGAGGAAUGCGGCACUGCAUUAGCAAUGCCGUUUCUGGUGGUUCAAGAGAAUAUAUCAGCACCAGCGAAGAGAUCGUGUUAUAAAUCUAUUGUUGACGAGGCUCUUCAGAUUGGCGAUAUGAAUGUGACAAAUAUGCUUCUGAUGGGAAACACUGAUGUCGAUGAAGCUGAUCCUGAACAAGACACAGAAACUUACUUGUGCUGCAGUGUUAGUUCAAGCACACCGGAGCCAAGGAUUUUGUGGCUCCUGCUGAAGAAUGGUGCUGGAAAUUUCCAGGGGAAAAUGCGUGAUCUUACAUCAGCACACAGCGCUGCAGCCAAGCGCAGUUACAAGGCUCUUCUGGGUUUUGUUGCAGGGAAGAACUUUUAUAUGAGCUGUGUGAAACCCCUUUGGCGUUUUGGUGCUAAUACAAGAGUUCAGAAUUUACGAAAGUAUGGGCCAAUACUCAUGGGAGCAGUCCAGGACACGUGUUUCAAUAUAAACUCCCCAAGCAUGGUACCAUGGGACAGCUCACUUCAAAAGAAUCAUGUCUUGAAAAAGGACAGCUGCAACAGACUUUUGGAUAAUGAAUCGGAUGAUUCUAAGGAGAGCUGUAUUGAGCUUAAGACGGCAUGUCACUGGCAUUUUGUGUCUAGCAAUUGUUCUGCGCAAGUGGCUAAGAUCAAGAGCAAGUGUGCUCUGGAACAAGAUUCCAUAUUUGUGUCUCAGCACAAUUAUUCGCAGAAGGAUGACUAUAUGAGUAAAAUUACCAUGGGCUGCCUCCUAACUUCUGGGAACCCUGAGUACCCUACUCAACUCAUUACUGCUGAACUUGGACAUGUGAAAGUUCCAAUUUUUAUUAGGCACUGUUCUGGGGAGGUACUCUUAACCGUUAGGUUGGAUGAACCUUCAGUACAUAUGAUGCACCAAUAUGAAAAGCAAACUAAAAUGAAGCUUGUGCAUCAAUAUUUUAAAUACGGGAACUAUAGGAUUGACCCCAAGUGCAGUUUAUUAUCUUAUGGGGUAGGACGUGACUCUGUAGUUCAUGCGGUUACCCGGCUACUCGGCGGAAGGUAUCCUACCUUGGAGGAAUAUUUCCGUGAUAAUAUAGAUGCUCUUUUAAUGGAGGUUACUCACCCAGAUGGAAGUUUUUCAUUAGAGAUGACUGAGGAAGGUUGCAGAAUUCUGUCUACGUGGUUAAGUUGUUUCAUGUGGGCAUUUUCCGAAGGCAAGAGCUGGGGUGGAAAUUUCACACUAAAAGAUUUCUAUGUUCUUGAUAGCCAUGUUCGGGUUAGUAAUCACACAGGCCCGAAAGGAGGCCAUGGCUUGGGUUCAGUGGGAAAGGACAUAGAGCUGCUACUUGUGCACGUAAAGAAAAUCUUUUGCAGGAACAAAAGAAAGCUGAUUUCAGAAUAUCCACCUUUUCUGAAAAACCUUACUGAUUUUCUAAAAAAGUUGACGGUGAUUCAAACCACCAUUGCAGCGUCUGAUAAACUACUUAUUGAGACUCAUGUCUCUUGCACGACCUCUUCUAGCUGGGGACUGCUGUUAUUUAAGUUGCACAGGAGAUAUCUGGGCUUAGCUGAAGAUGAGAAGAGCCAAUGGGAUGCUGCAAUAAAUACUGCCGUGCUGCCACAUGGGUGGCACUCAAGUCUGUCUAAAAUUAUAGUAUUUAAGGACAUGUUUGACAAGGCAAUAAAAGGUGGUAGACCAUACAGGAACUCUAACAUUGGUGCCUUCACCCUAAUGAGAGAUAUGGUGAUGCAUGCUCUUGAUUGUGGUGAUGAUGCGAAAAAUAUGGAGAAGUAUCAAAAUGCCGAUAAAGUUGCAUUGAUGAUACCUGCUCACAUGCUGGAUUUUCUUCCAAACAUCAUUGAGAAUCUGAUCCACAGAAGUAUUGACAUCAGUGCAGAGUUGUCCGCAGCUAAGGUUCGGUGUUUGUGCGAAACAUGCGCCCCUUCAUAUUAGUGCAGCAAGAUCUGAAGGAACUAAGACAGCAAUGCAUUGGCUGGCUCUGCCCAUGGAGAUCCAGAGACAUCUUCGUUCUACCUGUGAUUGAUGCAAUGCAUCCUGCUGUGCAAGAAAAAUGUACCAUACUUAUUUUAUUCGGAACGGGUGUAAUCUUUGACUAUCUUGUACGCUACAUUUCUAGAUGAACUGUAACCUAUUUAUCUCCAAAACGGACGUACCUUUAACUAACUCUGUAUGCUAGUUCCGACAUGGAUGUUAUGCAAUCUCCCUAUUCCGUUUGGUA